CUAUACCGAAUAGCAGAGUCACCCACAAACAAAAAAAGAAAUCGUUGUUAGGGACGAAUCUACUCCUUUUCCAACCGGAAAGAAGAAAAAGUUUCAAAAAGAGUUCGGUUUUGCUAAUAACCAAUAUAGAAGCCGCUCGUUUCUCACUCAUAGAAAAAUCGAAUUUAGAAUUUGGGACUGAGAAGAAGAAGAAGGAGCCAUGGGAGAAAGGAAAGUAUUGAACAAGUAUUAUCCGCCGGAUUUCGAUCCGGCGAAGAUUCCACGGCGGAGGCAGCUUCCGAAUCAGCAGAUGAAAGUGCGCAUGAUGCUUCCUAUGAGCAUUCGUUGUGCUACUUGCGGCAAUUACAUCUAUAAGGGCACCAAAUUCAAUUCCCGCAAAGAGGACGUCGUUGGCGAGACCUACUUAGGAAUACAAAUCUUCAGAUUCUACUUCAAGUGCACAAAGUGUUCCGCAGAGAUUACAUAUAAGACAGAUCCAAAAAAUUCCGAUUAUACUGUUGAAUCAGGUGCAACUAGGAAUUUUGAGCCUUGGCGUGGCCAAGAUGAGGAAAUGGAGAAGGAGAAACAGAAAAGAGAUGCUGAAGAAAUGGGUGAUGCAAUGAAGUCAUUAGAAAAUAGAACCUUGGAUUCGAAGAGAGAAAUGGAUAUUAUGGCUGCAUUAGAUGAGAUGAAAUCCAUGAAGUCGAGACAUGCAACUGUGAGCGUAGAUGCAAUGCUUGAAGCUUUGCAGCGGGCAGAUGAGGCAAAGGCGAGGAAGCUGGAGGAAAAAGAUGAAGCUCUCAUAAGAUCAGUUUUCCAGGGUUCAAGAGAGAUAAUCAAAAGAAUCCCUGAUGAAGAGCUUGAGGAGGACGAUGAUGAUUUACCUUUUUUUGCCCCAGAAAGUUCAGGGUCAGAAAACAACUCUCUUAAGAGGAGAAAGGUUUCUGAGGAACCUAAUGAAAAACCCACAAAUUUUUUGACAAAAGCCAGCGUUACUGACGGCUCUAUCAACAAAGAUAAAGCAUCAUCGAGUGAUGGUAAAAUCAUUUUCAAGUCCUCAUCAGUCAAAAUAUCUGUAGUUAAGAAGCCGCCCUCAGAUUCCAACAGCAAGAAGACAGUAGAAGGAAACCAGCAAGAGGCAGAAAAGACUGGUGGGACAAGCAAUGGUCUACUAUGGCUAUGUCAACAAUAUGAAAGUGAUGAAGAUGACUGAUUCAAUGAUUCCUAUAAGCUGUCAAUGUCCAUAUAUCCGCCAAAACUAUUAAUUGUGGGGUGCUAUUUUCAUCGGGAACACUCUUUCUCUGUGCACUUGAAGCUUAAGCUUUGGCCCUCGCAAAUCGCCAGUUUGUAGGUAUAAUAUAAUGACUAUCCUCUUCGGUUCACGCACCAAAUCUCAAGUUGCUUUCUUCUGAAUUAUUCUUGUGACAAUCUGAGUCUUUUUUUCUGCUCGACAAUUUCUUUUUUUCUGAAGGAUUUUUUAACUUAUAGGUGAUAUUUUUGCGAAACAGAUUUGCUGAGUUUAUAGUUAUUACAGGAAUGGAAUCUCCUCUUCUUCCCCCUCAUCCAACCACCCACCGUGAUACGAUUUAAAUUGGAAGAGUCAAUUUUCAUUCUUUGCAUUUUGA